CUCCGUACUGUUGUAAGCUAGCCUUUGUCAGCUUACUAAAAAAAAACAUACUUUAGUAACACACUUGAAUUUGGUUUCAUUUCCACUGGAUACAGUUGCCUCUUAACGGGCAGACAUGCCGCAAACAUCCCUCCACUGUUUCUCUUUGUGGCACUAAUCACCCCCCAUAUUUCCAGGAAGUGGCAACAUCCAGUGGAUGCACCGACUGUAGAGGCGUGGAUUCCCAGCACUGUAGUCUUCCUUAGGAUAAAUAGGCUCUUUGACUUUAACUCGACUGCAUCCGACUGUGCAGUGAAAUGUGGUGUUAGCCGUCUGUUUUGUCGGCACAUAAAAAAAAAAUGUGCCGUCUCGUUGUUUCUAAUAAUAGCCAAUCUUAUUUUUACCACACCGACGCCUUAUUGCAUUAUGGAUGCAUCUGGAAUGGUGUCCCUGCAAGAUAGCGUGGGAAUAUUUCAGUAGAGGCUUUUGGCUGUGCAUCUCAGGGCUAAAUGCUCCAGCUUCUUGUCAAUUUACCCGCCUGUAACUGCGAGAGCAUCUCAUUUACCGUGGGCUGUUACUGUGUCAUGGCUGUGUAGUGUGAGUACAGGCAAUGCGUUUCUUUAAUCCGCUGCUUUAGACUUUAUUCUCUGCAUGCCGGAUUUAACUCCACAGGCGCGCUAUGCGGGAGUAUAAGGUAGUGGUGCUCGGCAGCGGCGGGGUGGGGAAGUCCGCGCUGACCGUCCAGUUUGUCACCGGGACAUUCAUAGAGAAGUACGACCCGACCAUUGAAGAUUUUUACAGGAAGGAGAUCGAGGUGGACUCCUCUCCGUCUGUGCUGGAGAUCCUUGACACGGCCGGCACCGAGCAGUUCGCCUCAAUGAGGGACCUUUACAUCAGGAACGGACAAGGCUUCAUUCUGGUCUACAGUCUGGUCAACCAGCAAAGUUUUCAGGACAUCAAACCCAUGAGAGACCAGAUCAUCAGGGUCAAACGGUAUCAGCAGGUGCCGGUGGUGCUGGUGGGUAACAAGGUGGACCUUGAGGAUGAGAGAGAAGUGUCCCCCAGUGAGGGCCAGGCGCUGGCCGAGGACUGGGGCUGCCCUUUCAUGGAGACGUCGGCCAAGAGCAAGACCAUGGUGGAUGAGCUUUUCGCUGAGAUAGUGAGGCAGAUGGACUUCUGCCCUCUGCCAGACCGGAGAGAGACCUGCUGCCCCACCUGCAGCAUACAGUAGCAGCCGAUCGGCCUGCUGGAGGCGCGACAGAUGGGAGGGCGAUUUUAAAGUCGAAUGCAAAUGUAUUCAUGUUAGAUAGGUUGAAGAUGGAGGGGUUUUAAGGCAAAAUCCACUCUUUCUGCCUGCUUUUUGUUUUUAGCAGUUUAGGUCUGUGCUGUGGUCAAGAGGCAUUCUGUGAAAUGUAGGAAAUCACUAACUGAUGCAGAAGUAGACGAAGCAGUUUAAGGUAAAUUUUAAUUUCAUCGCUUCUCGGACACAGGGUGGAUUUUCCCUUGAAAGAAAAAAAAAAUAACACUUGACCUCCCACAUUAACCACAGCCCUUCUGAUUAACAGAGGCAGAUUUUGGGGGGGUUUCCCAAAGGCAGCACGGUGCCAAAACCUUCUUAAAAGCCAUCAACACAGAGAAUCAUAGUGGUAGAGUAUUUUGGGAAACCAGCCAUACGCCCAAACAGGGAUGGCAGUGUGCUCAGCAGUUUGUUUGGUCCUCUUUUCUUCUGCUUGUGUUUUUCUUUUUGCACUUUCGGGACUUUCUGACGGUGCAAGACCAAUCACCAAGUAUCUGAAUGGAUGUCAAGUAACACCACUGUGAAGAAGUCAUACUGGAAGGUAAUUUGACAGCAGGCCUGCCUAACUACAUAUGAAUGAAUAGAUGAACGAAUGUUUAAAAAGGAAACCGCACCUUCGGGGAAAUUCACUCAGAAGAUCCCAAAUAUUGACAUACUGUGGACGAUGUGUGCAUGAAGUUGUACUGUCACACUGGCAUUGAGUACAAUCAACCUCACCCAAAGAGACAGUAUCAAUCAAUCAGCUGAUCAAUCAGUCAUUACGAUGUACGUACACUUGUCUUUACACCUUACAGAUGAUACAAAUGCCUUGUUAUGUGAAGUAUGAAGUGUACAUCAGUGUCAGUGUAUAGUUCAUUUAUCUUAAUUCACGUCAGAUAUGUUAGUGGUUCAUGUCAGAAACACAUAUUUUCAACAAAAAAUAAAUCUUUAUGCACAAA